CAGUGUUGUUCUUAAAGUCGAGAUCAAGUCGACCUCGACAAAGUAACCCAAAGGCAAAGCGGGAGCGCCCUGCCUGGGACACGUUGACUCCCUUUGCCGUGUGACAGCAGCGCCUCUCUCCGGCGGCCCGGCUCGGGGUUUGUGGGAUGCAGGCGGAAUGCUGAGACGGAGAUUUUAUAUUCCAGGUGUUGCGACGCAUGUUCCCAGUUGAGUAUCCUGCUGUCUGCUUAGCCUUGCCCAGUACGCAUUGACUACCGCGCUGCUGCCGGGUCUGCCUGGGACCCUGUCGUUAAAAAAGGCAUCAUUAUUUGUUAUGAUGGAGAAGAAGGCUGCUUUUAUUUUGCUGUUGUGCGCAACUUGUUUCUGCACAACCGGAGCGCAGCCCGAUGGAAGCCAAACCGACGACGAGGGAGCCGUGGAAGAGCUGAAAAUCGAAAGCAUGGUAAAGCCGGAGCAAUGCUCGGAGAUCUCUGCUGUUGGAGAUACGCUGCACAUUCAUUAUACCGGAAAGCUGAUGGAUGGGAAGGUGAUUGACAGCUCGCUCUCCCGGGACCCCCUUGUUGUAGUGUUGGGAAAGAAGACCGUCAUACCAGGCCUGGAACAGAGCCUCCUGGGAGUCUGCGCUGGGGAGAAGAUAAAGGCAACCAUUCCUCCUCAGCUGGCCUAUGGGAAACGCGGCUUUCCUCCAAACAUCCCAGCUGACGCUGUCCUGCAGUUUGAGGUGGAAGUGGUGUCCGUGUUCAAACAGACGUCCUGGCAGAAGGUCCUGAAUGAAGUGCUGCCGCUGGUGUGUAUUGGUCUGGUGCCGGGCAUGCUGUGUUUAAUAGGCUUCUAUCUCUACUCCAAAGCCAACGCGCCCAAGGUCUCCAAAAAGAAGUUAAAAGAGGAAAAAAAGAACAAGUUAAAAAGGAAAUAAAGGCUUUUAAAUUUUA